UUUACUUUUAAGUCUAGUCAUGAGAAAUGUGAUUCACAAUAAGUAAUACAUUACAAUUUAUGUAGCUGAACUUCUUUGUGUGACCAGAAGGCGAUGUUUGCAUUUAACAAUGAUAUUAAAAUCGUUUUAGGUGAUGUGUUACAAAUAUAAGAGCAGUAUGGAUGUGAACAUAUUUGUGAUAAAGUGCCGGAUUUUAGUCUUUAUCCUCCUGUCACAGGAAACGAAUGUUAAAGCUAUACGAGGUAAUCAAGUUUGCCGCUUGUCUGGGACAUGUAUGAACUGUAGCGACCGGAAUCUUUCAUACAUUCCGAAACUACCUGAAAACACAGAAUGCCUGAUAUUUGAAAACAACACAUUACCAAAUGUUACGCAAGGAACAUUCAGUAACGUGAGUAAACCUGAAAACAUGUUGAAAUUACAUCUUUGGCAUAAUGGCAUCACCUUUCUGUCAGAAUAUGCCUUCGCUGGAUUUACCCAUUUGGAAUACCUGGAUUUAUCUGGAAAUAAAGUACAGAACGAUGACAUUAAGAUACUUCUCGGGAGUACCACCUCAAACAAACAUCUAAAAACCUUAAAGUUGAACUCGAUGAUGAAUUUGUUAAUUCAAGAGGAUACGUUUUCAUUGAUGAAUGAAACCCAGCUUACUGCUAUCUAUCUUAUGGGCAACAAUAUAAGAAACUUUUCUAAGAGCAUAUUGCAAAGGAUGCUUAAUAUCAGGAAACUUUCCCUUAAUAGGAAUCUAAUAAAGGAUUGGGAAUUUCCGGAAAUGGUGAAUCUGUAUGAACUUAGAAUGAACUAUAAUAGGCUUCUCCGUGUUCCAAAUUUCUGUUCGACGCUCACAGACUCUUUGUCUUUAGUGCCUAAUCUAGGUCGUUUACAACUCAAUUAUAACAAUAUUUUAAGUAUCACCAACAAUACGUUUCAGUGUUUAAGAAAUCUUACACAUUUUGGUAUAGAAGGAAAUUUGCUGUCGCUGAUUCCAAACGGUGUUCUGUCACGAACGCCUAAUAUUAUCGUUUUCAAUGCAAACCAAAACAAUGGACAUAAAGCACUCAUUGAGCCUAGGGCAUUUAUAUCACAGACGUUACAAACUCUUGAAAUCGGGUUUGACGGUCCCGCACAGUCGAUAUUCAUUUCUGUUUCAGAAACAUUUAAGCAUUUACCUAACCUAACAACAUUAGAUAUUAGUUAUAUCAAUAUGUUUAAUUUGUCAGAUACAUCUUUGUCAAAACUCCUUUCGCCUCUGACAAAUCUGAGAUACUUUAGAUGUUAUACGUGUCGGAUUAAACAUGAUCUAUUAAUCUUUCUUGAAAACAAACACUAUUUAACCAAAAUAAAUCUAGAAAUGAAUGAGAUUAAAACAAUUAGCGGUGACACGUUUAGAAAUAACCCUUCUUUAAAACAAUUAUAUUUAAAUGAGAACAAAAUUGGACACAUGAAGCAAUCAAAAGAGUUCUUAAAUAGUUUAGAGGUUGUAGAUCUUUCAAUGAAUCCUUUUGUGUGUGACUGCGAGUUGCAAUGGUUAAUAUCAUGGUUUCAGAGUAAUCAUCAUACAAGGAUUUCUCACCCUAACAAAUACACAUGUUCUUCUCCAUCAAAAUUGGCAGGAAAGCGAGUGGCAAAUAUCAAAUUUAGCUACAGACAAUGUCACCCAUUUAGUACUGUGGAAUGGUUCUGUAUGAUAGGUGGACCAGUUAUUAUUGUAAUAGUAAUUACGUCCGUUGUCAUAUAUCGCAAUAGAUGGAAUAUAAAGCAUUACGUAUAUCUUAUGAGAAAAAGGCGGAACUAUAUACAAGUGGAAGGAGAUAUUUACGCGUAUGACGCAUUUGUUGCAUAUAACCAAGACGACUCAUUGUGGAUUCGGGAACAUCUUAUUCCAGCCUUGGAAGAAGGACACAAUUUGAAACUAUGUAUACAUGAGAGAGACUUCCAGAUUGGUGCUUUCAUCAAUGAUAACAUUGUAAACUGUAUUGGUGAAAGUAAAAAGAUUAUAUUGGUCAUGUCUAAUGCAUUUGCCACAAGCGGAUGGUGUAUGUUUGAGUUGAAAGUUGCCCUCUCAAAACAUAUUGAAGACGGGACAAAAGUCAUUGUUAUUAUACUAGAGAAAAUACAAAACCGAAACAUGAGUAAGUCGCUUAAAGUUCUCAUAGAAACAACGACCUAUAUCGAAUGGACUGAAAAUCAUGCUGGACAAGAUCUUUUCUGGAACAAGUUAAAAGACGCAGUGGCAAUAUAGAAACUAGAGAGA